CUCCCGGCGCCCGUUGCAGGUUUUUUCCAGUCCCAUGCAGUGGAAGUAGAGGUGAAAGAUUCCUCCAAUGCUACGUGCAUAUAUGCAAAAUGGAUGAUGAGCUUCUUCAUAAAAUAUGAAACAAACAGUAGUGAAUAUAGAAAUGCAACCUUACAUGUAUCUCCCAAUGUGACACAUGAUGGAAGCACCUGUGGGAAUGAAACAUUUGCUCCACUCUUGGCAGUUCAGUUUGGAGCAGGUCAUUUUUGGAGCAUCAACUUUACAAAGACUAGUGGAACUUACCAAGGAAGUAUUGUUACAUUUACCUACAACACCAAUGAUGCUGCUGUAUUUCAGGAUGCUAAAAAAAGAGGACCAGUUACUAUCGUUGUAAAUGACACCAUGCACCCAGUUCAACUAAACAGGGUCUACAAGUGUCAUCAUAACGAAUCUAUCGAAGCAGAAAAUGUUACACAGUCUUUCUGGGAUGUCACCCUGCAGGCUUUUGUUCAAAAUGGCACAGUCAGUAAAAACGAGUCUGUCUGUGAUGCUGAUACACCUACUCUUGCACCCACUUCUGUGUCCCCUGUUGUCAACUUAACUACAGCAUCUACCACUUCCUCACCUGCACCAACCACAACUCCCAAACCAGUGGAAAAACCAGUCCCAGGAAACUACUCUCUCAAAAAUGGCAAUCAGACCUGUUUCCUGGCCACUAUGGGGCUGCAGCUGAAUGCCUCCCAAGAAAAGCCUUCUGUGAUCAACAUUAACCCAAAAACAACCCACGUCACUGGGAGUUGUGGAAAUACAUCUGCUACUCUGAAACUGAAUGAUUCCAACAGCAGAUUUAUUGAUUUCGUAUUUGUUGUUAAAAACACAAGUGCAAAUACACAAAGGUUUUAUCUAAAAGAAGUGAACAUCACGCUAUUUGUCUCUACAAAUGGUUCUGAAGUUCUACAUGCUGAAAAUCACAAUCUCAGCAAGUGGGACACCUCCCUGGGCAGUUCCUAUAUGUGCCAAAAAGAGCAGACUGUUGAAGUCAAUGAAGACUUUCAAAUACAUACUUUUGAUGUAAGGGUUCAGCCAUUCCUUGUGAAAGAAAACAAGUAUUCUACAGCCCAGGAGUGUUCGCUGGAUGAUGACACCAUUCUUAUCCCAAUUGUAGUUGGUGCUGCACUUGCUGGCUUGAUUGUCAUUAUAGUGAUUGCUUACUUAAUUGGCAGAAGAAAAAGCUAUGCUGGAUAUCAAACAUUGUGAAUCUGAAAUGUGAUCACUGUUCUGAUUUCAUCUUAAAUGAAGCAAGUGCAAGUUCCCAAAUAAAACCCAACUCCUUCAAGUUAACACUUGCCUCGCAUAAUUAGGUGUGGAGAUUUGGAGAAGGUACACUCUUAAGCUUCUCUGAACUAGGAAAAAAAACAUAGGCUUCCUAGCUGUCCUGGCACCAUCAAAAGUAUUUGACAAACUACUAAGUUUUUAAAAUUUUGCCUUGCAAAAACUAAAAUAAUUGGAAUUUCUGCCUGCUGCUUUUUUACAUGCAAUAAAUUUAAAGCAGGGAAUAGUUGAGAGAGGAAACACUGUCUAAUCUGGGUUACUAGCAUGAUGUGUCAAGCAGCUUUUUAAAACUGCAUUGAAUUUGUACUUGCUUCUCUCCUGCAUUCUUUGGUUGUUGUCAUACUUGCAGAGUAACCUGGCUGCAUUGGUCACUGUACAUCGGACGGACUCAAGCGAUCCUUGCUAGUUUAAACAGUGCCUGGUAAUUCUUUCCUGGUUCAUAGCACCAAAUGCCAUGCUUUUUGAGCAAGCUUCACUUUUGAUUGGCAUAGGCAACCAGUCUAACAGACAGUAAUUCAGUCCUCUUCGGUUACUGCAGUAGCUCUUUUUUUCUUUUUUCUUUUCUUGAAGCUUGCAUAUUUAAACAAAUGUGAGUUAACUUCAUCAGUUGAUGGAUAAAUUGGAACUCUUAAGCCCAGUUUCUAAAUAGCUUUAGAAAACUGGUAGGCACAAAGUUUUGAUUUACUCAUGCACAUGACAACGUAAUAUCCCUUCUUAAGAUGAUAAAUCUAAGGUAGAAUUCUACUGAAGUAGUAUAGUAUUCUUGCUGGCAUCAGCUUGGAGAAAAGGGAAUAGGAACUUUUAUAAAGUAUUCCAAGACUCAAAGUGCACUUAACUUUAUACUGUACCUUGUACAGAAAUUGUCAUGUUGCUUUCUUUGAGUGGCGUCUUUAAAGAUGCGUUCAGUUUAGUGAGCCAGUGCUAACCGUUGCAACACAGCUGUUCUUAAAUCUUCCUAUUAAAUGAUUCUUCACUAAUCAAAACUUGCAUUGUAACUGUCCAGUACAUGGUCAGGUUAUAUAAAUUGAUUUGUAUAACUUGUGCUUGAUUUGUGUGCUGCGUGGCGAGGCAUAACUGUGUGCAUUUGUGUAGCAUUUGUUAAUGCAUAAAGCGGAGUGAAUCUGAGACUGACCCACUACCUUUUCCCUGCUAUUUGGAGAAGAUAAUGGCUUCCAAAGAUCUGUAAUGCAGUAGGAAUAUUCUUUUAAACUGCAGUAUGUAGACUAACCCUCACUAUACAGCCAAGUUUCUCUAGCUGCCUAAGCGAUGUGUCAUUCUGAUGCAUGGCAUGUGAAAAAAGUAGUCUUUAGAAAAGGUUACAUGCGAGUCUGCAUAUGUAACAACAAAUGAACUGCUUGAGCUGGUGACUUAAUGAGCAUAUUAUUUCCUGUUAAACUAAAAUCCAACCUCAAAACUGGUUUGGAGUUGUCAUGUUAACUGAUGUUCCAGGGUAUACAUGGCUGUUUGUGUACAAAUACUCAAAUUGCGUUGGAUCCUUUCAGUAACAAACUGGUCUUUCACAGUGACUUUAAUGAGACACUGGCUAAAGUACCAAGAAUGAGUGAAGCACUCCUGCCAAAGAUAUUUACAAGCAAAAUUCAAGCUUUAGUCCAACUUAAAUUUAAAAAAAAGAGUAAAUGAGACUAAAGGAAGCAGAAGCUAGUUUCUGGUUUCAACAUUCAAUGUUUAAUUUUAGAUAAAUUUGCAAAUUGAUAGACUUAAUAUUUAAAAAUAAACAUCUGCAACUGCAGCAAUUUUUAUAAAGUUCUGUGUUUAACAGUUCCAGUAACUGAUGUUUUAUAUAUGCCAGUUAACUGUUGGUCUGCUUUAGUAUAUGACACAGAUUCCUUCUGUCCCUCUGAGUGUUUGGCCUUUUUAAAUCUCGGUAUGGCACAUCUGAGGGACUGCAUACAAGAUCCGCGCAAAUUCUUCCUCAAGUUCAGUAGAAUGAAGUAUACCUUUUGAAGGUGUAGACAUCCCUGACUUCAUAUGCCAGGGUGUUUGGUUCAGAGAUAAAAAUACCUCUGUAUCUGGUGUACAGAUAACUGGCUUAUGUAAACAUCUGAAUUUUGUCGUCUUCACAGUUAAAUAAACCACUAGUUUUCUGUAUUGUGUUUCUCUAUAGGGACUUGUCAAUUUUAAUCAACGAAUGCUUUAAUCAAUAAAGAUUCUUCCAUUUCUUAAGGAAA